UAUUUUUACAGCUGCUCAAGACGCGCAGUCGCGAUUCGUAGACGUGCGUUCAUGCCAAGCGGUCGUCGCAGCUCCCCAAAAAAUAUUUAUCAUAAAAGCUGACAAAUUAUAAUAAGCCGCGCGUGUGUUUUCAAUACAAUUCCCCAUCAUCUCCCUUCGUCCCAAAAAUAAUAAGAAGUGCCAAACAAAAUUAAAUAAAUAUUUCUAACGGUUCUGCCGAGUGUCUGUUAUCAUCACUUUUUUUUUUGGUUGUGAAAAUGCUGGUGCAAAAUAUAUAAAUAAUUUGCUGUUAACCCACAUUGGAUUUUAUUAUUGUUUUUUUUUUCUGUUCGUGUGGAGUGAAAGUGAAGCAGGCCGAAAAAAUACAAAACGGAAAGAUAAAUAUAAAGACAUCGCAGGAACGUCGUGCCCAGCCAAUUAGUAUAUAUAUAUCGUUGAUAUAUAUACAUAGCGCCACAUAACGGAUCGCUAUGAUGCGCAGGACUUUGGUGCUGGCAAUGCUGCUCUCGCUGCUGGCAACGCCCCAAGCAGCGAUUGACAAGGAAGAUGGCAAAUUCCCGACGGGUAGACACAAUCUAAGCUCCGGAUCGGAUCAGCAUAAUGUGAUUAACCUAAGUUUGCAUGGCGUGGGUGCGGAUAGUAUUCCCAUUGAUCCGAAACUUAGCUUUGAUCUGUCGAGAACCCGCCGUCUAAGGGAUGCCCUCAACGUUUUCGAUCUCGCCGUUCUGGCCGCGCAAUGGGGUCAGGUGGAAAGCGCCGGCGGAGUGUCCGUUAACUGCAGCCGGGACAUGAGGAGCUACUUGGGUGGUCUCAGUGAUGCCAAGAUGUGGGCCGUAAAGAUGGACGAUGCUUCCGGUCACUAUACAUCCGGUUUUUUCUAUGGCAACAACUACUGGAUGGGUUCGUUGGCCCUUUGCGAUGCCAUUGACGAUGGCCUUAUCGCUGCUCCCAGCAAGGACAACAACUCCACCGCCUCAGGCUCAUCUGCUCCUGAAACGGAGACCAAGAACAGCGGCCUGCCCUUCGCCGCCGCUCAUACCCAAGGAUAUAGCAGUGUCUACAAUGCCCCGCCGCCCUUCGUUCCUGGGUUCUAUGUGAUCAAGAUGCAGCUCAACGAGACGCUGCCUACCCAAGUGCUGCGCACCAUUUACGUUGGCAUGUGCCUGCCCUCUAGCUGCUCCAUCACAGACAUUGGCCAGAUGACGCCCAAAGCCCAUGUGGAGCUACCUUCGCGGGAUCUGCGCGUGCUGGACAUUCGUGUGCCCACCGACAAGGAGUUCAACAUCUGGGCAGACAAGACCUUCUGCCUGCUGAUUGUGGUAUCCAGCAUAGUUCUGGGUUUGAUUUGCUGCGGCACCCUGUACGAGAUUUAUCUGAGGCGCAAACUGAAGGAGGCACUGCGUCGCCAGGACAAGGAGAUGAUGAACAAUAGUGAGACGAGCUCGGGAAUAGGAUGUGCAUCGUCGGAUUAUAGUGACACGAUGACCGCUCACGAUGAUCCACUCAAGCAAUCGAAUCACUCGCAAUCAUCGAAUUCCCUUAAGCAAUUGGAUGCUUUGGUGUUGAAUUUGCCACCGAAUGAUAAUGACAGCGGUAAUGGACACCAUCAUGAUCAUGAUGCGGAUCACGAUCAUCACGAUCAUGACGAUCAUCAUCGCAGUGGAAGCAAUAAUAGCAAUUCAGAUGAGCACUUGGAGGGGCAUCUGCAUGAACCCGAAAAAUUGAGUAUCUACUCGGAACUGUUGCUUUCCUUCUCGGCAAUAACGAAUUUCAAUGCUAUCUGUGAUCGAAAUGUGGGUGCCGAUACUAUUCCUUGUAUCCAUGGAUUGAGGGCAUUCAGUAUGGCUUGGGUAAUCCUGGGACACACUUGCAUCGUGGUCUUCAAGUACUCCGAUAAUAUGGAAAUGCGCAAGGAGGUGGAGCAGAACUUCUUCUUCCAGGCUAUCACCAAUGGACCGUUCAGUGUGGACACGUUCUUUUUUAUCAGUGGCUUCCUCAUCUCGUACAUCUACUUCCGGACGAAUGCCAAGGGCAAGCUGAAUAAGCUGAGCAAGGGAGCCAAUGAAUUCACCGCUGGCACUGCACACUUCUUUGGACUUGUGGCCUAUCGUUUCAUGCGUCUCACCGCCCCCUAUUUGUUCGUCCUGGGCGUGGUCCAGGUGACCAUGAAGUACUUGGCCACGUACUCGAUCUUCGACCCCCCGACCAUGGAUCAUAUCACCUGCCCGGAUUAUUGGUGGCGUAAUAUCCUCUACAUUAACACUCUGUUUCCUGUGGACGAGAUGUGCAUGCUCUGGAGUUGGUAUCUGGCGAAUGAUACGCAGUUCUACAUGAUCGGCGCCAUUAUCCUGAUCGUAGGAGUACGUCACUUUAAGCUCUCAGCGAUUACAACGCUGGUGUUCCUGGUGCUGUCGUGGAUCACUACGGCCGUGAUUGCGUUCACUAACAAUCAUCGACCAAACACGGACGAUCCCUUGGCGCUGUUCGACAAGAUCUAUGACAAGCCAUGGACCCGCCUAGGACCCUAUCUCAUUGGCAUGGCUGUGGGAUGGAUUCUGUUCAGGACCAAUUGCAAGAUCCGGUUGCCCAAGCUAACGGUGGCCACCGCCUGGACCCUGGCCAUGCUCAAUCUGUUCGUCCUGGUCUUUGGUCUGUACAAGGCCGAUCUGUCACAGUUCACUGCCGCCGCCUACAGUUCACUUAGUCACUCGGCCUGGGCGUUGUCGCUGGCCUGGAUCACCAUCGCCUGCUCUACGGGCUAUGGUGGCUAUAUCAACUCCCUGCUUUCGGCACCCUGCCUGUACCCCUUCUCCCGCGUUACCUAUUGCGCCUAUCUGGUCCACCCGAUCGUCAUCCGUUCUAUGGCGCUAAACUCGGACGCGCCACUCCAUCUGGGUGGGGAUCUGAUGGUGGUCAUGUUCUUUGGUCUGACGGUGGCCUCCUACUUCCUGUCCUUCGUUGUGUCGAUGUCCUUUGAGGCGCCCGUUGUCACAAUGCUGAAGAUCCUGUCUCCCAGUCGAAAGAAACGCCUCGCCUAAGUGCCACGUCCCAGAACCGCCCAUUUCCGAUUAUUUAUACCCCCCAUUUUGUCAUGUUAUCUAUUUCUUGUCUCUCAAUCAAUGCCCACAUAUUUAUAGCAUCGACUCAUCUGCACACACGACACCUUCCGAUCGUUUUCUAUAUAAUAUAUAUAUAUAUAUACAUCCUCCCGCACACACAACAUUUUCCCACUCACAAUUGUGUUCCAGUUAACGAAAAACCGAAAAGCAAAUGAAAAUGAAAAGAAAAACAUGGAAAACACGACGUGCAAAUGAAUUCCAACUAUUUUUUAUCAUAAUUUUUUGUUUCAUAAUGUGUACAUUUUAGUCCUUUUAUUUAUUCCAAAGGUUUGGAAAUUUUUGCGCGUGACGAUGAUAAAGAGUUAUACAUAGUACUUAAUAGUUAUAAUUAUAUGAAACUCUAGUACCUAAUUUUAUGAAAUCAUGUUGUAUAUACUAUAUGCUAUAUAUUGUUAUAUAUAAACCUUUAAAUAAAAACUGCUACCAAAUACAAAAAAAGACAUUCAAGUUUCUUUCAAGUCCAUACUUUAUUUUCGUUUGAUAACAAAACAGUUUAUGAAUAGCUAAAAAAGCUAAUAACAAUAUUAUAGUAAAGUUAUACAUACAUAUAUUAUUAACUUAUUGAGAUCAAAUAUACAUUUAUUUAUCAACACAAA